ACUGGGGCUGCGGCGGCGGCCAGAGCUGGGCCGGGAGAGCUGAGCCGCGAGCCUCCGCCUCUUUCCAGGCACCGCACAGCAGCUCCCUGGAGGCCGAGCGUCGCGCCACCCGGGCACCCUGCAGAUCGCGAGGUGGAACGGGCAGUCGCUGGGGCGCGGGGGCGAGUGGGGAGAACAGCGUUCCGAAGCAUUUGGUCCUCUCCGGCUUGCCGUAGGCAUCAGCUGACUGGUCCAGCUCACGUGACUGCAGGGGCACUUGGUUGGAGUCAUGGCGCCCUCCAGGCCACUGUCCCGCUUCUGGGAGUGGGGGAAGAACAUCGUCUGCGUGGGGAGGAACUACGCGGACCACGUCAGGGAGAUGCGCAGCGCGGUGUUGAGCGAGCCCGUGCUGUUCUUGAAACCGUCCACGGCCUACGUGCCCGAGGGCUCGCCCAUUCUCAUGCCCGCGUACAGCCGCAACCUGCACCACGAGCUGGAGCUGGGCGUGGUGAUGGGCAAGCGCUGCCGCGCAGCCCCCGAGUCUGCGGCCAUGGACUACGUGGGCGGCUAUGCCUUGUGCCUGGAUAUGACCGCCCGGGACGUGCAGGACGAGUGCAAGAAGAAGGGGCUGCCCUGGACUCUGGCCAAAAGCUUCACGGCGUCCUGCCCGGUCAGCGCGUUCGUGCCCAAGGAGAAAAUCCCUGACCCUCACAACCUGAAGCUCUGGCUCAAGGUCAACGGCGAGCUGAGACAGGAGGGUGAGACAUCCUCCAUGAUUUUUUCCAUCCCCUACAUCAUCAGUUAUGUUUCUAAGAUCAUAACCUUGGAAGAAGGAGAUAUUAUCUUGACUGGGACGCCAAAGGGAGUUGGACCUGUUAAAGAAAACGAUGAGAUCGAGGCUGGCAUACACGGCCUGGUCAAUAUGAGAUUUAAAGUGGAAAACCCAGAAUACUGAGGUAUUUCUUAAGUUUCACGAGAGAAGGGAACAAGACAAAAGCAAGCAACAGCUGUUAAAUGUCACAAUCUUUUAAUAAGAAACCAAUUAUUUAAAAAAUGAUUAGAUUGCCAUGCCUCAAUUCCUAGAAGAUGGACGCUUCAAGAAAACGUGAAGUAGAACGAAUGGGCCAGAAAUUAACACAGCCAAAGUAAAGUAUUUCUUCGGAAAAGAUUUUAUGAAACCAAAUGUUAAAAAGUUUCUUUUUGCAAAAAUUGGAGAAGACUUUUCAGUGGAUUAUCUAUAGGAUGAUCAGUAGUUCAAGCCUUAAAAACUGCAGAGAAAACUGAAAGUUAUUUUGCAGGUAACUUUCCAGUGUUUCCCAAAGUUUCUCAGACUUGGUAAUCAUCAGGAAGAAUUUGUAAAAAUAAAAAUUUCCAAAUUACUGGCCCAUCCCAGAUUCACUCAAUCAAUUUGAUGGGAUUAAUCUCUGGUGAAGCAGUGUUUACAGAGCACUCUAAGUGAUUCCUAUCAGGGAAAUGUGGAAAAACACUGCUGUACAGAAUCAAGUUUAUUUAAAAUUUUACUUAGUAAGUGAACAGUUAAUGAAGAUUUCACCUAUUAGCGUAUCUACCCAGACCCACUGAUUCUGAGUUCAAAAGAUGAUUUUGAAAUUAUUGUUGUCCAAAUAAAGGUGCUGCCUUUUUUGUGGCUUACAAGUGUAUUUUUUUCCCCCAGUAAUGGUGAAGAGGGAGUAUUUCCUCUUUAUGGGACUUUAGACCUUAGUCUUUGACUUUUGGCCUUCUGAGCACUGUGCUGUAUUAACAGAGUUAAUCAGCAACUGUAUCUCCCAAUCGGAGAUAAGGAGGCUUUGUGGAAGUUGAAUAGCCUGGGACUGCUGCUUUUGCUCUUGCCUGCACCCUUCUCUGAAAAAGAGGUCUAGACAAGAUGCACAGCAUAGCUAUCAAUGCCUGGAGGAGUCCUCUGGGCUUCGGCAGGGGUUCUGUUGGCCCCUUGAAGAAAGCCUAGGACAUCUAAUUUAGUAAUAAUGGUCAACAUUUAUUGAACACAGUACUGUUAGGCAUCAUGUCAAGCAGUUUAGUCUGUAUUUCUAUGCGUUAUGUAACCCUCAACCAAGCCGUAAUGUUAGUAUUAUCACUACCAUCCCCAUUAUUCAGAUGAAGAUCUAGAGCAAGCCUGGCUAAAUCACUCAGCUUAGUGGCAGAGCCAAGAUGGAACCCAGCUCUACUGACACCAGACCUGAAGUCUUGACCACAAAGUGGGCUGCAUCUUGUAAGCAAAUAUAUAAGAAGAAUCAAACAUUUAUGUAUGCUACAACCCCAUGCUUAAAUUAUAAUUUAGUAUGAGGAAGUGCCAUAAUUUGAUUCCUUUAUUAAAUAUCAUGCUAUCUUAACUA